CCUACUCCCAACAGGAGGCGUUCCGCACGUCACUUCCGCAGGUACCCGGAAGCUAACUGGCUUGGGUGAAAGGAAACAACGAAGAAAAGAAAUACUGUUAAAGGCCACGUGUACGCAGAGAGCACUAUCCGGGAUCGUGGGUGCAUGUAGGGCUUGGUUGUUUUUUAUCUGGAAACAGCGGCUGAGGGAGCGUUCCCUCUAACCGGAACCGAUCGCUUGAGGGCACUCAAAGAACGUGUUAGGACAGAAUCGGGCGCCAGAGGGCGCUGGGUAGGAUCAGCAGCCGGAAAUGAUCAAGGACAGAGGAGAAAUGGUCAGCCCUAACUUCCGGGAUUCGGUAGGCCGUUCGGAAGCUUGAGGAAGCUUGAGAGCCUGUUGGGGAGCUUAAAAGAUGAGAGGCUGCGGGGCUCGGUUGACCUGCGUAUGUUUGGGGGACCCAGGGUGAUGGGAUAUGUGAGGCGUGUGGCCUGGCCAAUCGGCGACGGCUGAGAGCACAGCCCACCGCCGCAGCGUGACCUCAACCGGUACCUGUAUUCUAGCUUUGAGCACUGCGGCCCGACCAACAGCUCACCAUGUUCCUGGCGCGCCUGACUUCACAGCUGGUCAGGAGUGUUGUUCCCUGGGCAGGUUUCAGUCGUUCCUGGCCUGGCUCUGGGGUGAUUGGCAGCCAUGCUUUUCGACCCCUUUACAGUUUGCAGCCUGCAAGCCCAAGUCGGGCUGCCUCCCUCCCUGGUAAGAGGGCCCAGUUAGAGCUUGAAGAGUUCCUGGUCCCCAGGAAGAUGGCCAUCAGUCCUCUAGAGAGCUGGCUGACUGUUCAAUACCUGUUGCCCAGACUGAAUGUUGAGGUCCCAGUGACUCUGGCUCCCUCCCAAUUCUACAAAUGUCCACCUAGCCAGGGGGAGGAGGAAGCCAAACAGGGAGACAGGGAAGUCUGGGAUGCCACUCCAAUGCAGUGCAAAAAUGUGCUGAAGAUCCGAAGGCGGAAGAUGAACCACCACAAGUACCGUAAACUGAUCAAGAGGACACGGUUUCUACGACGUAAAGUCCGGGAAGGACGUUUGAAAAGGAAGCAGAUCAAGUUUGAGAAAGACUUGAAGCGCAUCUGGCUGAAGGCAGGCCUGAAGGAAGCCCCUGAGAACUGGCAGACCCCAAAGAUCUACAUGAAGAACAAAUAAGUCUAGGUUCCCGUCCCUCUGGCCCUCUCACCGCCGCUACCCACCUUUUAUAAUAAACGUUGGAAGGACUCAUUA